AUGUCCAACCGGAAGAAUGUUCCGAAAAUACCAGAAAAAUUGCAGCGAGGGGAAGCUAUUUUCAAAGUUAAUUCGGCGGGUACCAUAGUGGUAAAGUGGCAGGACGUCAAAGAGGUAAUGCUGCUCAGUAACUGCCACACAUCUGAAAUGAGCACUGUUAGACGCAAAAUGAAAGAUGGAACUGAGGCAGAGUUUCCAUGCCCUGACAUCGUAAAGACGUACCGCGCAAUUAUGGGCGGUGUGGACUUGGCAGAUCAAAUGCAGGGAUUGUAUGAUAUAAACAGAAAAUCAAAUAAAUGGAGGAAAGAAGUAUUUUAUCGUGGCAUGAUGAUGGCUGCUGUAAACACUUGGGUUAUAUAUUCGGAGCUGAAUAGGAAGAAACCUGCCUUCUUACCAGUGCUGGUCGAGAUUGCUGAGUCGCUAAUUGAAAAAGGAAAGGAAUCUACCGCAUAUAAACGAUCCCGUCGGUCUGGAAGAUCAUUGAAUAGUAUUGGUGGUAUAAUUGUAAUCUGUGGAGGCUGCCGCUGGCACCUGCCCAUCAGCGCAGAGAAUGAAAGCUGGGGAUUACUCCGCUUGCACAUGAACAUGAACGGGGGAUUAACUGUCACUACAAAUGUUGCAGCAAUUGCGGAAACUGCUGGGCCACAGUGCGCGUGUGGCUGA